GUUUUAUUGCACUUAAACAAUAUUAGUUUUUGGAAAUCCCUAAUAUUCCCUUCCAUUUCAAGUAUAUAAGCUAUACAUUUUCUGCAAAACGACAUUAGUUCUUCAGCAGCUUUCAGUGAGCAACAAGUGAAAAACAUAUUCAAUUGAAAUGGAUAACUUUGACGAGUUUACUUUUUCAUCAGUAGAUUAUAUCGUAUCCCAGGAAAAUAACUUCAUCGAAGAUGAAGUUAUUGAAAUAAUUGAUGAUGAGGACAUUCCCACUGUGAAUCACGAAACACGUUUUGACUUUUGCAAAGCGAUAGACGACGAUAAAUUUAUGGAGAUUAAGGAAUCGGUGGAAAGUGUUCCAAAAAUUAGUGUUAAUAAUAAGAAGAUAAAUAAUAUCAGUUUCAAAAAAGAACCUAUGCGUAGGAAGAAAGCAGUAGUCAAUGUACAGAAGAAAACGUUUGUUCAGAAAAAGUCAGAUGAUUUUGGGAAAGAAAACAAAAUUAAAACAGAAACUAUUGAAGAAAAAACAAUUGCGAAAGAACCUAAGACGAGGCCACCAAUAUUGUGGACAAACGAGGUGAAGGAUUUAGGAAAACCAAUAACUCUCGAAGAAGAAUUAGGAAAAAUUAAGCAAAUCCAGGAGGAAGAAAAGAAACUAUAUGAUGUGGAUAAAAAUGCAAGCAGAAACAAAGUGAUAAGUACUUGGAAUAAAGUAGUUUAUACGAAUGGAAUCAAAAGGAAAGCAGACAAUAUUGCAGAAAAUUCAGUUGCAAAGAAACCUAAAACCAUAUUAUGGAAAAACGAGGAAGAGGAUUUGGUAGAACCUAUUACGUUGGAGGAGGAAUUAGCAAAAAUUGAUAAGAUUCAAGAUUAUAUGAGGAAAUUGUACGAUGUGGAUAGCUACGAACAUAUAAAACCACCGAUGAAGUUGAAACGCUGGAGAUAUUAA